AUGUUACCUCGCGAGCUGGUGGAACUCAUCUUGGACGAGCUCGAUCUCGAGUCAAUGUGCGUUCUUUAUGACACUAACCGGUUCUGGCGCGUAAAUCUCACCGAAACCGACUUCCAGCACAAACUGCAGGAGUCUUGUCCCUGGUUUGAGCCGCAGUUUUCACACCGGAAGACAUGGAGAGAGUGCUCUGUGGAGUAUGUGAGACGUAUGAGGCCAAAGUCGCGUUUCACUCCAAAACUAAGACUACUGAGCGACGAGCAUAUGUUUAAGGGGGACUUUUACAACCCGCAGGACGACCUUCACAGUCCCCAUGAUCUGGUACAUAUCCAAUGCAACCAUCUGAGAUUACUGGAUGAUGCUUACUAUACCAGUGAACAUGGAAUUGAGGUGGAUCUUUCAGAGAUGGCUGCAGAGUACUCGGAUUACGUUCAUGAUCCCGAAUUCGACCCCCAGAUGGAAUGUCAGGUCUUUUCACACCCCCAUAUGGUGAUCAUCAUCUACAUGGCUUUGAGUGACAGGCACUUUGACCAUUGUGGUGUUGUUGUCAAGUUCAAAGAUGGAGAUUGUCGCAAACCGGAUAUCAAGCAACAUAUCACGGUCCAGGGAUCCCCGUCCGUGUACACUCUGGGUGCCCAUACCUUCCUCUUUUACACUCACAGCCACUGCUUCUACUCCAGUUUUACACAACCAGCAGCCAUGUAUCUUUUCAAAGACCGGUACUUUGUGCCCAUCGACAUUGGUCUGAAUGACCUGCGACACGCUGUGGUUUACGACGGACUGUUUGCCUUCUUUGGUAAGAAGAAAUACUACUGUCUACAGGCCAACUUGAACAGCUCUCCAGCACGGCACUCCUCGUGGAUCAAGCAUCUUUUUAGAUCAACAGGGAGUCACAGGGACCCCUGGUGGGGAACUCGGUACGUCAUGGUCAUGGGAAGUGCCAAAAAGUAUGUGUUCGACGUUAGAAAAGGGAUUUUACAAAAAGUACAUGAGCAGACGUUUGAGGCCCCCAAACGGAAGUUCACCUGGAGAGAUGCAAUUGUCAUAGGGACCAUAUUUGGUUCCGCCGUCAUAAACUGGACAGUCAUCUAUUUCGCCUACAGAUGGUUUCUAUGA